GAACUCCUCAAACUGAACUGCAACAUAAUCUCCUCCAAGAACUCACCAAAAAAGUCAACUCCUACUAUGCUCCUGAGGAACAAAACAACUACACCACUUACUCCCUCUUUGGUUUCGUUAGUGAAAUAGUAGAACAGAAAUUUAAAGAAGGCAAACGGAAAGGACAACCUUAUUAUGUACUAAAAAUGGGAGAACCAAAAAAAGAAACCAUCCAAGCCCGAAAAGAAGACUUGCCCUUAGAUAAAUGA